CAUUGCUGUGGUAUGAGUCACUCCCACACCCUACCCUUAUAUGACAAAGAGGGGAGGGGCUCUUUCUCAGACCGGACAGUGAAAUGGUGGCUGCUUGUACAAAAACAGCAGCAGCACCAUUAGGAACUGAGCAGCUACAGCCGUAUUUACAGGUUAAAAGAUAACGUUGAAAACUACCACCCAGGACACCGCAGAUUCAGAACUGGACAGCAACCUUUUACGGUCAAAGAAAGAGAAAAUAUAAUCCUAUUAGAAAACCUACCACUGUCUUUUAAGAAUCAGCCAAGACUGAAAGCCUAGAAGAACCAAAGAUUCAGACCCAUCUAUGGCAGAAAAACAGCAGAUCAAAGCGACUGCGGUCAAAGUGCUGUGCUAUGUGGAGAAAAUCUCCUCCUUCGCCUCCAACAUAGAUCCUCUCUUUGGGAUUGUGACUUCAGUGGUCGGGGUGGUCAGGAAAGGCCUCGUGGAUGAGGAGGACCAUGAAAUGAACAAGGACUUCAAACAGAUCCAUGAGAAGCUGGAAACCAUCUCAGAGAAGAACAAGCAGACCCUGCGGCAGAUCCGCAUCGACGAAAUCAAUGAGACUUAUGGUAAACACGAGGAAAUCAUCAAGCAUCAGUACAACGCUUUCAACACCAUGGUGGAAAAAGUAAAACUGGACCCUGAGAACUCAGAUCGUCACAUGAAGGAGUUUGUGAAGAUCUACGAGAAUGAUCAGAUGGAUCUGAGCUUAGAUACAUAUUACCGUGGAGUGAAGGGUGCCGCUCUGUUUGGGAAGCCCAUGCUGCAGGUUUACCUGGAGAACUGCCAAAGAAACAAAAAGGUGAUGGAGGCCCGUUGCUCUCACAUCGCACACCUGUUCUACAUCGGUCUAAUGGCGCUGAUGGCCUACUACGCCGUCACUGAAGAUGACGAGGAUGAAGUGAGAGACAAAUGGGGCCCGAGGGUCAUUGAAAUUCAAGCCAAGAUGCAAGAAGUUCUGGAACAGUGCACUGAAGAAAACUGAAGUGGGACCAUUGCACUGAACGAUUGCUGAGACGAUUCAUUUCAUAUGCUGAGAGUCUUGAAUUAGGAAGUUUAAAUAAAUCGUGUGGGGUGUAAAAUGGGUCAAUCUUUUCCUGCUUGCCAAUGGACUUUUCAAUGCAAUACUGAAGAAGUGCGAAGUUCUUAACACUGUAUAUCGCGGUUUAAUUUCUUUAAAAGUAUGUUAAGCAUGUUUUGGUCAUUAUUGUGGCUGAAUAUAUUGCAAAAAAAAUUAAAAUAUCAUAUGAGCCUUUGAUGUGAGUUACACAAGUUCUUAUGAAUUAUUAUAUAAUUGUUUGCUUAUGUUUUGUGGAACAUCUCUGAUUCUUUGCACAAUAAAUGAAUCUAUUUUUUUCUCUCA